CUGCGCAAGAGUGACGGCGCGCGGGCGAGAGGGAGGGGGUGUUUUGGUUCUCGCCGCUCGCCGUCCUUCUCAGUCUCGGUCGUCGGAAAGCAUCUGGUUCCUGCCUCCCCUUCCUUCCCUUUUCAUUCCCUUUCCCAUCCCGCAUUCUCCCUCCCUCCCUCUCUCCCUCCCUCCUCCUUCCCUUCUACCCGCCUCUUUUAUCUGUUGCCGCCGCGGGUCCAGGCCAUUUUCCGGGCCGGGCGCACUGCAGCGCGCGGCCCCGGGCCCCAGUCUAUGACCCGCCGUCUUGCCUCCCCUCGCUUCCCCUGCCCCAUGUGGCUGCGGGGCCGCCGCGGCGCUGCCCACUAUGGCCCGGAAAGCAGUUAGCAGGAAGCGGAAAGCGCCUGCCUCGCCAGGAGCUGGGAGCGACGCUCAGGGCGCGCAGUUUGGCUGGGAUCACUCAGUUCACAAAAGGAAAAGACUCCCGCCGGUGAAGAGGUCCUUAGUGUACUACCUGAAGAACCGGGAAGUCAGGCUACAGAACGAAACCAGCUACUCUCGAGUGUUGCACGGUUAUGCAGCACAGCAACUGCCCAGUCUCCUGAAGGAGAGAGAAUUUCACCUUGGGACCCUCAAUAAAGUGUUUGCUUCUCAGUGGUUGAAUCAUAGGCAAGUGGUGUGUGGCACAAAAUGCAACACGCUUUUUGUAGUGGAUGUCCAGACAAGCCAGAUUACCAAGAUUCCCAUUCUCAAAGACAGGGAUCCUGGAGGAGUGACCCAACAGGGCUGUGGUAUCCAUGCAAUUGAGCUGAAUCCCUCUAGAACACUCUUGGCAACUGGUGGAGACAACCCUAACAGUCUUGCCAUCUAUCGACUGCCUACUCUAGAUCCUGUGUGUGUGGGUGAUGAUGGACACAAGGACUGGAUCUUUUCCAUUGCAUGGAUCAGCGAUACUAUGGCGGUGUCUGGUUCCCGUGAUGGUUCUAUGGGGCUCUGGGAGGUAACAGAGGAUGUGUUGACCAAAAGUGAUGCAAGACACAAUGUGUCACGGGUCCCUGUGUAUGCCCACAUCACUCACAAGGCCUUAAAGGACAUCCCCAAAGAGGAUACCAAUCCUGACAACUGCAAGGUCCGGGCUCUGGCCUUCAACAGCAAGAACAAGGAAUUGGGAGCAGUAUCUCUGGAUGGCUACUUUCAUCUCUGGAAAGCUGAAAAUACAUUGUCUAAGCUCCUGUCCACCAAACUGCCAUAUUGCCGUGAGAAUGUAUGUCUGGCCUAUGGUAGUGAAUGGUCAGUUUAUGCCGUGGGCUCUCAAGCUCAUGUCUCUUUCUUGGAUCCACGACAGCCAUCAUACAAUGUCAAGUCGGUCUGCUCCAGGGAGCGAGGCAGUGGGAUCCGGUCAGUGAGUUUUUAUGAACACAUCAUCACUGUGGGCACAGGGCAGGGCUCCCUGCUGUUCUAUGAUAUCCGAGCUCAGAGAUUUCUGGAAGAGAGGCAUUCAGCUUGCUAUGGGUCCAAGCCCAGACUAGCAGGGGAGAAUCUGAAACUAACCACUGGCAAAGGCUGGCUGAAUCAUGAUGAAACCUGGAGGAAUUACUUUUCGGACAUUGAUUUCUUCCCCAAUGCUGUUUACACCCACUGCUACGACUCGUCGGGAACGAAACUCUUUGUGGCAGGAGGUCCCCUCCCUUCAGGGCUCCAUGGAAACUAUGCUGGGCUCUGGAGUUAAUGACACCUAACUUUCUUCCAAAAUGCAGAUUUACACUAACUUCUACCCUCAGUUUCUUUGUUUUGUCUUUUAAUUUUCCCCAAGUGUGUAGGGCUUUCCAAUUUUAGUGGGAACAACCUGUUUGCCCAUGGUGUAGGCAAUUAAUAGGAAGAAGCUCCCUCCCCCCCUUGGGCUUUUGUUGUUUAUAUUUGUUUUCCCUUUCAGUAAUCAGAAUUUUACUGUAGUAGUUCUUCCUGGUUUCUCAAACAUUUUGAGUCCUUAGUUGUUUUUUUCUUUAAGUGACACACACUCUCCCCUCUCUGGCUUCUUCAGGCUGAAAUGACCUAGUCAUUCUCACCCUUACUUCACUCUUGAGAGGUAGGGCUCCUUUAUAAAUUAUGUGGUAGCUGUCAGACUUUCUGUGAAAGUUUGGGAGCCUUGUGUGUGUGCGCGCGCGUGUGUGUGUGUGAACUUGUGUGCCUGUGGUACUGUGUCACUGAGAUUACCUGGAGUGAGGAUUACUUGUAAUUAAAGUAUUUAUAAAAGAAACAACUUUAUUCAGAGUCCAGCUUUGGGACUAGCCUGUAUCUUGUUUUUUAAAGUCUAACAUGAUUAUAGGAAGUAGAAACAAAGAGAAACAAAUUCACCACCAGGAACACCUUUGAGUUAGAUUGCAGGCUGCUGGAGCCUUCUGUGCCAGGACUCCAAAGUGAUCCAGCACUACCUGUCUUCCCACCCCCGUGUCCCCCAAGUGAGAACACCUGUGUGUGGCUCUGGAGCCUUCCAAGGCUUCAUAGGACUAGGUAAAGAGAAUCGCCUUCCAACCUCCCUCCCCUUAGGGCUCCAUCUGGCAUCUCGUGGCCCUGGGGCUGGAGGUGUCAAAUCUGCUAAGAUCCCUAUAUGAGUGUCUUUGGCUUUGCUGUUUCCAGUCUCCCUGUGUUUUUUAAAUUGGGCUCUUUCCAGGAUGGUGUAGUCAUGAGGGGUUUUUCUGUGUAUAGUGAGUGCUUCACGUGUGGAGUAUUUGUUUGCUCAGUGCAGUGAGGUUUAGGAUUGAAGCCACCUGUCCUCCUUGCUGUUGGCUCAUCCCUGGGAUGGUGACGAGGUGGCUUGUAGCAAGCAUCAUCGUGCAUGUAACAGCAUAGAUAUGUUUAGUAAAUUUGCCUGUUCUGCCUUUGAACUGUGUUUAGUCUGAGGUUUUUAAACUUACAGGUAACUGACUGUACUAUCCAGUUGUUCCCUGCUUUUUAAAUGCAUCAUGUCAAAAGUGACACCUUUUCCCACCCACAGUCCUCUAAGCACAUGUGGUGCUUACUCAUCAGUAUCCCAUCCUGGGGAAAGGAAGUCAUAGUCCUGCACCCCAAUCUCUUAGUUGCUCUCCCAACUAUCCCCAGUUUCUCUGAGUAUAAGAGAGUCCCCUUCUUAUAAUGACGGGAGUGCUGGGAAAGGAAAUUUCAAGCCCACCCUAACUUGGCAUAUGCACAGGUUCUGGAAGUCUCGUCUUCUAACCUAGAGAAAUAGGUGCUAUAAACAGGAAAUUAAGCAAAAUGCUGGAUGCUAUAAAUCUUUUGUCUUAAUUUUUUUCUAUUCAACUACAGGCUGUAGAUUUCUUAGUUCUCACAGAACUUCUAUCAUUUUAAACUGACUUGUAUAUUAAAAGGAAAAAAAAAAUUUAAGUAGGCUGUUUUGUACUGUCUGCCAGACCCUCUUCUGUGAUGGGUAAUGUUUGAUUGUUUGAGAUUUUCUGUUUUUAAAAAUGUAGCACUUGACUUUUUGCCAAGGAAAAUAAAUAUUAUUCCAGUGCA